CUCGUUCAACAGUUCUGUACAGCAACACGCAUGUGUUGGACGUCACUUCUACCAGCUAAAAGAAUGGUACCGAGAUUGACGUAAUACUGGUACUGAUAUAUGGAAUACCGGUACUAAACCAUCUUACAGUAGGGACUUGGACACACAGUUUUACCGGGAAUUUAACCACUGUUCACUGACAGUUUGUGUGUGUGGCAUUGUAAUGGAUUGCUUGUAAUGUCUUGUUUGACAUAAUUACUGUUCGGACUGUGUCACAUUGAUACUGACAUACGAACCAGGAUUUCAUGUUUUAUGGAUUACAGAUUUAAAGGAAACAAAAAAGUGGAGUGAGCUAACAAAUUAUUGAUUCUUUUUUCUGUUCCGUCUGAUGGACUUGUCAGAUGUCAGUGAGACUAAAACAGCAUCAGAGAUUAUUACAGAAUUUUUAAUAGUUUGUAUGAAUCAAUAGAGGCAGCAUUCUGGGAGCCUCUCCCUGGUCCAAUGUGAAACUUUCAAAAAGACUGGCAGUGCAAACCAUGUCUUAGUAUUUUAGCCAGACUGCUCUUAAUUCCUACCUAAAUCAAAAUGGCCUUACACAUGGAAGUGUGUUUGGAUAUACCAUGGAAAAUGUUGUACUUGGUACAACAGUACAUAUGUCUUGCAACACUCAAACAUCAGAACUGACGUUCCAAGGUAAAUAUUUCACCUGUGAAACGCAAAACAGCCAAGAUGUCUGCCCAGGAAGUGUAUGAGAAAAAGAUUGAAAAGGCGAUGACAUCGUGUUAUCGACCUCGGCCGGUCACCACCGAGAAACCGACCGAUGGCAGCAUGCACUUCACUAUCAUGAAGCAUCCAAAAGAGGCUUUAGAUGUAAUGAGUACUUUACGUCGUUUGACGAAAUUAUGUGAUGUGACGUUAGUUGUAGGCGAGGAAAAAUUCCUUGCACACAAGAUAAUACUAGCUGCGGCUAGUCCGUAUUUCCGUGCAAUGUUUACGGGUGGUAUGCGCGAGGAAGAGAUGUCUACCAUCCCACUACACGGAAUAUCACCGUGCACACUUAGUGUUCUUAUAGACUUUGCUUACACAGCCGAAGUUCGAGUUAACGAAAUGAAUGUGUGUUACUUAUUACCUGCAGCGACCAUGUUCCAAAUGAAUCAUAUAGUAGAGGCUUGUAGUGUGUUCCUUGAGCAUCAACUCGACUGUAGUAACUGCAUUGGUAUCUCAGACUUUGCCAGUGAGCAUGGCUGUCUGGAGCUGGAAACCAAAGCCAGGGAAUUUAUAUACAGAAACUUUUCUGAAGUGAUAAAAUGUGACGAGUUUCUAAUGCUUAAUCCAUGUCAGCUGAUCAACCUAAUUAAGCACGAUGAGCUGAACAUUAAUUGUGAGUCUGAGAUUUUCAAUGCUGUGAUACGGUGGGUGCAACAUGAUGUGGAGAAAAGACUCUGUAAGUUAGAAGGACUAUUGUAUGCGGUCAGGUGCCAUUUUCUGUCACCGCAUUUUCUUGAAAAACAAUUAACUUCAUGUACAAUUUUAAAGAAAAUGCCCCAGUGCCAGGAAUAUUUGUCAAAGAUCUUCCAGGGUUUGAAGCUUCACCAGAGUUGUCCAGAGAAACCAAGGAAACCUUGUUCUCCCUUAGUUGUUUUUACAGCAGGCGGAUACUUAAGACAGUCUCUUAGUAAUUUUGAAUGCUACAAUCCAUGUACAAAACAGUGGACUCGUCUGCCAGACCUUCCCACACCCCGGAGUGGGUUGUGUGCUUGUCUUGUCAAAGGGGCUUUUUAUGCCGUGGGGGGUAGAAACAAUUCCCCAGAUGGAAACAUGGACUCCAAUUCAAUGGAUGUGUUCGAUCCUAUCAGAAACAUGUGGUUUUCAAAGUGUCCGAUGGCCGUUCCCCGUAACCGUGUUGGCGUCAGUGUGAUCGACAACAUGAUAUAUGCAGUCGGUGGUUCGCAGGGACAGCAGCAUCACAGCACUGUGGAAAGGUACGAUCCUGACCAUGAUCGGUGGACAAUGGUGGCUUCCAUGGGAUCUAAGAGGAUCGGUGUGGGAGUGGCCGUCGUCAACAGGCUCAUGUAUGCAGUCGGGGGCUAUGAUGGCACAAAUCGGCUACGGAGCAUGGAAUGUUACGACCCUGAAAAGGACGAGUGGAAAUUUGUGGCUUCUAUGAACACAACACGCAGUGGUGCUGGUAUUAUUGGAAUGGAUUGCCAUGUUUACGCUGUCGGGGGUUACGACAGCAACUGCCAGCUCAGGACGGUGGAGCGUUACUGCACAAUGUCCAAUCAGUGGGAGUUUGUCGCCAACAUGAGAAGUCCCCGUAGUGCACUCAGUGUAGCCGUGCUGGGGGGCAAACUGUACGCUCUAGGUGGAUAUGACGGUAACGAUUUCCUGUCAUCAGUUGAGUGUUAUGAUCCAGACAAGAACGAGUGGACAGAAAUUACGAACAUGACAUGUGGCCGAAGUGGUCACGGUGUGGCAGUUGGGGCAGAACCUUGUCGCAGCUGACACCAGCAAUAUUCUUUCAUCUGAUUGGACAAUUUUGAAUACAGAUGAAGAGCUUUUGUUGACUAUGUUGUGAAGGAUUUAGAUCUCUGAUACAAACAGAAGGUCUGCUGUGAUAUGGAAACAAACCAGCAGUGUGACUGAUUCACUGGUUCAAGAUUCGGGAACUUAUUCGUCGGGAAUCCAUUCUGACAUGCUAUUGUCGUCUAGUUCCUGUUAAAUUCACAAUCAAGACUUACCCAUGUGGAUUGCCAUCUACAAUCAACUUGUUCGAAAAACAAAUGAGAAUCUCAUAGAAGAAAUUACGUUGCCAAAGAUGCAUUAAUGAGUCAGCUAAAUGAUCUUUGCACACAAAAUAUUCAGUUUACAAAUUAAGAUUAAGACAUUGAUUUUGACUUUUUUUAGUUUGAAAGCUAUUCCAGUAAUUAUUGGCUUCAUUAAUUUAAAUGCGAAAUGAAAAUAUUAAUUGCAUACAUUGAUAAAGCACUAAUUUGAGAUUACUGUUACGUUUCUUUAUCCAUAUCUUGCCUUGUACAGUAGCAAACAAGUUGUAAAAUGAAAAUCAAUAUGAAAUAUGAUUAGGGUUUAUCAAUAUUCCUGAAGUACUAUUAAUGAAACCGUGUAAAUUGUCCAUGUUUGAAAAUUGCACAAAAUGAAGAAAAUGACCAAAAACCAAGUAGGUAGAACUAUUUCUAAAGUAUCUUUGGGAAAUAUGUUUCGUGACUGAAUUUUUGAAAGUUACAGAUAUUAUAAGGUAUAGAGAAUGAUUUGAACUUUUAUAUAUUAUUCAAUUUCUUUUGAAAUUAAUUUUGUCCAAAAAAGCUGUGCAAAUUACAUGAGGUUUCAAAAUAUUGGUUGCAUUAAUUUACAUAUAUAACUAAUUUCGAUCAGACAGACACUAUUUACCGAUCUGCUACCAAAUGUGUAGUUUCAGUGGAAUCUGUUUUUAGCCAGAAAUUCUCCAGAAAUGAUGGUAACAGCUUGUUUGUGAUAUUUCAAAAAGUAGAUACGUUGCUCAAAUGUUUACCGAUUCUGCUGUGAAGGAAAGCCAGAGAAAUCUCCUUGACAACAUAGCUAUUACGUUUCGUACUAGGAGGAACACAUCGAGAAAUCUUGCUCAUCUCAAAUUUGUUUUUGAGAAAACUAUGAACUGUUCAAUAUGAUUACAAAUAUUUGAUUACUUAAGUCUUUCAGUUUCAGUGUACAUAUACCAUUAAUCAAUACCUCUAUUAUUUAUUGUUGUGUUGUCUUCAGCAUGGCCGUUGUUGUUUAUCGGCCAUUGUCAUAUAUCCGCCGUUGGUCAUACCGGCUGUUGUUCAUUACUCCCAUGUAACCCCACAUUAAUCGUAAACCUUGUGUACUAUGCAUAUUACCUAAAUACAUAGUAUGUACAUCUUGUUUUUGUUAAGAAAAUACAGACAUGUUUCUUGUUGCUCAGACACUAAAUUAUUACCCCUAAAAUCUAUUGAAGAUCUCGUAGAUUUCGGGUUCGAUAAAUAUACCCACAUGAAACUGAUGGUGGUUUUGCAUGAUGUUAUUUGAAACCAUUAAGGAGGGAUGAAGAAAUCCAAUAACAGCUACAUACCUAUUAUAUGGUUUUUAUCAACGUUUCUUAUAAUUCUAUAUCUAUUAGGAAAUUUUAGAUCAAGUUUAUGUUUGCUUUGAAUUUUCCUUCGAGUAGUUAGACUUGCUCAAGCCCAUUCUUAGAUGUUAAAUUCAUGAUUUUUCAUGUUUUUUAAUUAGAAUUUAAAUUGUGAUAAAUCAUAAUAAUAUAAUAAAAUUACAUUUUCUAAUGUUAAGAAUUAAUCAGUCAUCUUUAAGAAAUACAUUGUUUGCCAUUAAGUAUAAUUGAACGUGGCAUAAAAUGAAAAAUAUAAUCAACCAGUAACAAAUGUUUUGACAAAAAUUGGACUUGAGCAAGUCUAUGACUAGUCCAGUACUAAAUAUGUGCUGUAAUAUAAGCUGUCAAAAGAAGAUGAAACUAUAUCAUUUUACAAAUGUAGAAAUACCAACAACAAAAUCUUUUAAACAAAUAAUUAUCUUUCUUUUUAAACAUAGGUGAAAUGCCAUUGAAUCAAAUGCCAGAUUUGAAUAGCUCUUCAUUUUACUGAUCAGUUUGCCUGUUGUUUAGAUAGAGAUAAAUGUCCCGCUCCUUCUUUUCUAAGUAGUUGAGUUACUUUUUAGCUCAUACCAGGAGAGAAAUUGUUCAGAAAAUAGUUAAAUUACUUCUCUGUAAAAGUGGAAAUUUUCUAGGUGUGGAAAUGCCCACACUCAAAUAUUUAUUUAUAGAUUAUGUAGAUUAUAGAGAAAUAGAAUAUAUGAAUUUCAGUACUAUUGCCAACAUGGUAGUUUCCACACUGUGAUCAGUUUUAAGGGUCACAACGUGAACAUUUCCACAUGCAAAAAAUUCCACUUCUACCGAAUCCCAUAAAUAUUGUACCAGUUAAGUGGUUAAAAAUUGAUCAAUUUUUGAUAGACAUAUGUAAACUCUUGUCAUAAUAGGGCAAACAGAUCAAGCAAACAUUGUUAAAUUGUUGAAUUAAUCAAUGACUAAGUGCCAGUGUGGUUUUUGUAUCGGUUGUGUAUGUUUUGUGUUGAAGCCUGUACCAAGUACAGGUGUUAUUCAGGUGCUUAUACUCCCUAUUACUAUAGGGUCCCGGUGAGGGCUGGGGGUAAAACGUGGGGACUGGGAAGUCCCACUCAGUAUUCAACUUGUGGUACAAGUCAAGUGUUAUCAUUUUACCAUGUACAACUUAAUGUAAAAUUAAAAAUAAUCAAAA